UCCUUUUCUUUGGAGUUUCACAUCUCCUCGGUCACUUGUUUUGUGGGAAAAUUUUCUCCCGAGCUUCGGUGUGAAAUUAAUUAAUCGGGGGCCUCUAGAUGGCAAUGGGACACAAAAGGGACAGCCCGGGGAAACUCCGCAAACUCACAAAAGCCACCCCCGGGGUUUAUAGCCCCGGGGCCGGUCGGACCGACUGCCCUGCCCUGCCCGGUGCCCGAGGUGGGCUCGGCCGAGCGGCGUCGCGGGCACCGGACAGCGGGCGAGGCGGAGGUAACCGCGGCUCUCCCCACCUCUUCCCCAGCGGCAGCCCCGGGACGCGGCCGGUAGCACCGGAGGGAUGCGGGCAGGUGCGGGACCCGCAGUUGGUGGCGUUACCGGAACGGUGGCAACUUCCCGGGGAGCGGGCCCCGGCGGCAUCGCUCGUGCGGUGGGACGGGGCUCCGCGGCCGGCCGGGCUGCUCGGGCUCCGGGGCUCCGGGGAGAAGCGGGGACCCCGCGCCGAGCCCCGCCGCGCUGCCUCCCGCCGAGGCGGCCGCCGGUUCCUGCGGCGAGCGCCGUGCUCGCACCGGAGCCCAACAUGGCUGCUGUAGUGAAGGUAUUUGAUGCACACGGGGGUGUAGGCGAAGGGAAAAGGGGAGACCAGAGGCGGCCGGGGCCGUUCCAGCGCCCGCAGCCGCCGGGGCGAUGGGUACAGGCGGGCGAC